ACAGCUGACAUGGGGUGGCAAUACAUUUGCAAAACAGCUAUAUAAAUUUAAACUCUCCAGUGCAAAAUUCAUAACAAGUUCCAGAUCAAUAACCAAUCUUUAUAUCAACUAAGAUCCCUCCAAACAUUACGACUUACAUAUCAAGAAAUUAAAAUCAUGGGAUUUCGUUUGUUACCGAUGAUUUCCAGUGCCAAGCAAAUCUACAAACUGCAGUCUGCUCUUACAAGAAAUCAUUCAGAUGUUCCAAAAGGACAUUUUGCAGUUUAUGUUGGAGAAAUAGAGAAGAAACGUUAUGUGGUGCCCAUAACAUACCUGAAUCAUCCUUCUUUUCAGAACUUGUUAAGGAAAGCAGAAGAAGAGUUUGGAUUUCAUCAUCCAAUGGGUGGUCUAACAAUACCUUGCAAUGAGGAUGACUUUUUCUUUGUGACUUCUCGAUUGAGUUUAUGAAAUGAAGAACCGUGAAAUAGCAUUCUAGACAUCAGAUUUUGAGCUUAGGAUUUUCAGUGUUAGGUUCUCAUCUUGCUAGGCAAGAGUUGUAAACUUAUGUACAAAGUUUUCAAGAAAAGUAUACAAAUGAAAUCUAUA